ACAUGGUACUUUUUACUUUCUGGAAAAUGCUUGAAAGACGAGUCAUUGCAUUUGUGAUGUAGUAGCAUGGUGCCGUGCAUGGGAGGUUUGCAGCUGGAAUGUGUGAAAAAAAACAGGAUAUGAUACUGCAUGCUUCACUGCUGAUAGAAGGUUAAUGUUAACAGCAUGUCACAUGUAUGUACACAUGCUGAAAGUAAAGGUCAGUUUUGAUUAUGCUGUAUUUAUUGUAUAUCUAUACUUUGAGCAUUUGAAUUCAAGCCUCCUCGUUCUUGUUCUGCUGUCUAACUAUAAUUAAAGAUUUUGUCUUUCAAAUUUCCCUUAUUUUUGAUAGUAAGGGCAUAGUGGAUGCUUUUUUUUGUCUUUUUAUUUAUUUUUCAGUAACAUAAACAGCUUUGUCUAGAUCUCAUUUUUGUUUUUAAUGUACUAACCCUAAACAACACAUUUCCAGCAAUUGAAGAUAAAUGUUCCAAAUAUUUGAGGAAAAUCAGCUUUACAAAUAUUUUUAAAGGUGGUAAAUCAAUUCAAGAAUACAAUUCAAGAUUGCAAGAAUACACAGGAUGAGUUUUUGUGAAACAGUGAACCGUAAUGUAGACGAUUAUGAUAUCCUCUGUAAAUGCCACAGGAUAUCUCAUGUAGAAUUAUUCUAACACCUAUAUUUAUUUUCCUCUCUAAGAAGUGAACGGACAGUUUUUCCGCUGUCACCAUGCGAGUAUAUGUUACGCAGAUGUUCGUUUACCACACAUAGCCAAGUAAAUGCACUCCUAAUAAAGGUUUAAAGCCUCUGAGGUUGUUAUCAGAAGCACUACUGACAUUAUACUUUGUCAUUAAAGUUGAGAUAUUCGCAAAUGUAUUGUAAUGUAUGGUCAUUUGCUUUAAAAUAGCAGCAUCAUGUUUGGAAUAAAGAAAAUGCUACAUUCCAGCAAAGGAACCUCAUCAAACAUCAGUGUCCAUGCAAUGGGCAUUAUUAGCAGAUAUCAGCCUCAUAGAUACGGGCCAGUAGGGACCAUCUCCACCAGCUAGUUUGUUCUGAAGGUUGUUAUCAUCCAUCCAGAUGGAGGAUCACUAACAGGAUGAUGGGAAGACUCCAGAAUGAACACUCGCUGGAAUCUGGUGGAUACGGAAGUGUUUACAGGACAGUAUCUGGCAGUUUCAUCAUCCACAGACGUUUCAGUUAUCAGUGUGGGACUGCUGAGUCACUGAUUUCAUUCAUCGGGGAACUCCAUGACGGCUCUCACUCAUCGAGGAGGAGGAAUUGUACCGACUGCUAUCAAGGACACAAUGAGCAACUCUUCUUGCAUCAGCUUUGACUUUACAGGAAAAUUCCUGCCACCUGUCUACAUUUUAGUUUUCAUCACUGGCAUGGUGGCUAACGGACUGGGAUUGAGGUCAGUGCUGCAGAAAUGGGAGAAACUGGGGAAUGUCUCUGUCUUUGUUUUCAACCUUGGACUUGCAGACAUUUUGUAUUUGCUCACACUCCCUUUUCUGAUGGUGUACUACUUCAAGGAUGAUCAAUGGAUCUUUGGAGAAGCCUUUUGCAAGACAACAAGAUUCUUCUUCAACCUGAAUUUAUACGGCAGCAUUGGAUUCCUCACCUGUAUAAGUGUGUACAGGUACUUGGCUAUUGUCCAUCCAAUGAGGAUGAUGGGGAGAAUAACUGUGACUCAUUCUGUGGCUAUCUCAGUCAUGGUCUGGCUGUUGGUGAGUGUUCAAAGUCUUCCAGACAUGUUCUUCCCCAAAUCACCCACAAACAAUACUAAGAGGUGCUUUGAUACAACCUCUAACGAGUAUGUUAAAGAUUACCUGAAAUACAGCUUGGGACGGACACUCACUGGUUUUUGCAUCCCCCUGUUCAUCACCUUCAGCUGCUAUGGACAUAUGAUUGCUGUUCUCUGCCGCAAUGAUAACAUUGAUGAAGUACUGAAACAAAGAAGCUUAAAGUUGUUAUUCAUCUUGAUUCUUCUGUUCUCUGUUUGUUACAUCCCCUAUCAUAUAUUAAAAAAUCUCAACCUCUUGUCAAGACUAAGCGUAAUCAAGGGGACAUGUCAUAAAUGGUCUAAUGGAGUCUAUAUUGGUCAUCAGAUAAGCCGCGGCCUUGUGUGUCUGAACAGUGCGCUCAAUCCUCUAGUUUACCUGCAUGUAAGUGAAGAUAUUUGUUCUCAGCUCAGACAGCUACUCCAACAAGCUCGCCAAGCUAUCAGUAGUCUGUACACCUCUAACCAAACUUCAGUCACGGAUACUUGAAAUGUGCCGAUGAACAUGAUGAGUACGCAUCAUCUGAGACUCAUCUGAGACUUGUGUAAGAAACACAAAACAUGGUACUUUUUACUUAAAAGCUAAAAUAAUACUUAAAAAAUACUUAAAAGACGAGUUAUUGCAUUUGUGAUGUAGUAGCAUGGUGCCGUGCAUGGGAGGUUUGCAGCUGGAAUGUGUGAAAAAAAAACAGGAUAUGAUACUGCAUGCUUCACUGCUGAUAGAAGGUUAAUGUUAACAGCAUGUCACAUGUAUGUACACAUGCUGAAAGUAAAGGUCAGUUUUGAUAAUGCUGUAUUUAUUGUAUAUCUAUACUUUAAGCAUUUGAAUUCAAGCCUCCUCGUUCUUGUUUUGCUGUCUAACUAUAAUUAAAGACUUUUCUUUCAGAUUUCCCUUAUUUUUGAUAGUAAGGGCAUAGUGGAUGUUUUUUUAAAGUCUGUCUUUUAAAAGUAAAAUAAACAGCUUUGUCUAGAC